AUGGACCCACCGAAGUCAAGAGUGUUAGAGCUCGAAGAGGCGAAGUCAACUCCCCUCGAUCAAUAUGGCGACCUCGCGCACCAGCAGAAAUUGACCCGGAAGAUACUAUGGAAGUUGGAUAUACAUAUUCUUCCUAUUCUAGCACUCCUUUUCCUCAUGUCAUUUUUGGACAGAACCAAUGUCGGUAACGCCAAGAUUAUCGGUUUAGAAGCGGACCUUUCUAUUACAGACCACCAGUAUGAUGUCGGCUUGGCUGUGUUCUAUCUCACCUAUAUUUGCAGCGAGCUGCCGAGUAAUCUUGUUCUUAAGAAAGCAUCGCCGAAGAUUUGGCUGCCGUUCUUGACAGGUAUUUGGGGCAUAAUCACCAUGUGUCUAGGAUUUGUGCAGAAUUUUGCUGGUUUCGUUGCUGUCCGGGCUUUGUUGGGUAUUGCGGAGGGGGGGUCUUCUCCCUGGCAUGGAUUGACGCUGGUCAUGACUAACAAAUACAAAAAGGUUUUAUAUUUAUCUUCUUUCUAUAAACGAGGCGAUUUGGCUCUACGAAUUGGCUUGUUCUACACAGCUGCUUCCCUGUCGGGCGCAUUUGGAGGGCUUCUUGCUCGUGGGCUGGCUGAAAUUGGGCCUGCGGGGGGCAUAGAAGGUUGGCGCUGGAUUUUGAUAAUCGAGGGCCUUCUGACAUUUGUCUGUGGAGUGUUGAGUUUCUUCGCCCUUCCAAAUAGCUUGCAAUCAGCAUCUUUCUUGACUCCGGAGGAAAAACAAUUUGGAGAGAAAAGGCUGAUGCUUGAUAGUCCCGGAUCACUGGAAGGAUCCUUGGCAUCUGAGGCUGAAUCGUUCAAAUGGUCCGAAGUGCGCCGAGGUGUGCUGGAUCUACAAGUCUGGCUCUCUGCCUCAGCAUACUUUGCCAUUCUCUCUGGGCUAUACUCCUUUGGCUUCUGCCAACAAUUAUCAAAAAACCUCGGUUUCGCCAAAGAUGCCAACGAGGUUCAGUUAUGGUCUGUGAUACCUUAUGCGGUCGCAGCCGUACUUACAGUCGUUGUUGCCAUCGUCUCUGAUCGUCUCCGUCUGCGAGGUGUGGUGAUGCUCUUCACUCUCCCAAUUGCAAUCAUAGGAUAUGCAGCCAUCGCCAACAUUGACUCCCCUCGGGUUCAAUAUGGCAUGACCUUCCUCAUGGCAACCGGCCAAUACGCGAGUGUGCCGUGCAUCUUGGUGUGGUUGUCGAACAACUCUGCGGGACAUUACAAAAGAGCCACUACAUCAGCGCUGCAGCUGGCAAUUGCAAAUGCUGGAGGAUUUGUUUCGACUUUCAACUAUCCAUCUCGAGAUGGGCCUCUCUUCCACCGUGGACACACCAUUAUCCUUGGGUUGUUAGUGUUCGCGUGGUUCAUGAUUCUGCUUAAUGUGCUCUACUGCGCGAAGAUUAAUCGAGACAAAAGGAAGGGUAAGUAUGAUCAAUACGCAGGAUAUAAUGACGACCGUAACCCGGAGUUUAUGAUGGUUCUAUGA